UAGAGAACGUAUUCAGAAUUUAGAAAUUAUCUGUAAUUGAUUAAUAUAGUUAAGAAAAGUUAGUUCGGUUUACAUAAUUUUGUACUUUAAAGCGAAUCUUUAGAUCGGUGAAUCGCAAAUAGUCAAUUUGAAAUCGGAAUUUGUCAAUUACAUAUAUAUGUGCAAAAUCUCUCUAUAAAUCUUUUAAUAAUAUACUGCUUAAUCGUUUAAGAAAGAUUGUCUUAAGCUACAGGUGCAAUAUGUCGGAUGUAAAAAGUUGACUGACGGAGAGUGCAAUAUUGAAUAAAAACACCGUCUCCAAGCCAAUUACGUUCUGUGCAUCCACUUGACUGCCUUAAGGGUGUUAAGGGAAGGGGUUAAGUCAUCAUCAUCACCAUCAGCUUAUAUCGAUCGAUUGAUUUGCUAUUCUACUGGUUCUCAGUACUGAGUUCAGCGUGUGACCAUGGAAUUUGUUGAGUUGAUAAAAACGCCGAAACUGGACGGCGUACUUUUACAUGACCAUUUACAUGCAACAGUUGAAGGCACACUUUGCAUUACUGGUCAUCAUUUACUGCUCUCCGCACGUCAAGAGAGUAGUCAAGAAUUAUGGCUAAUGCACAAGAAUAUCGAUGGAGUGGAGAAAAAACCUUUCGUAGUACAGAAUGUCUUAAUGGGUGGCAUAAUAACAUUAAAAUGUAAGGAUUUGCGUAUCAUAUCGUUGGAAAUCAAAUAUGCUAAAGAGUACCUAAAUGUAGCUGCAUCACUGGAGGCAUUAAGUUCACUGCACAAUCCCGAAUUGGAAUAUCCAUUCUUUUAUCGGCCAAUGUAUACCAUACUUGAAGACGGUUACACAAUGUUCCGGCCGGAAUUGGAGUUUGCGAAACUCGUAGGCAGUAGCAGUAGUGUAGGCACUUGUAAUGUACCGGUAAAUUCUGUCGCAGCAGCGAAUGGUUACGAUGGUUCUUUAGGCUGUGAGUGGCGUAUUGCUCAUAUUAACAAAGACUUUAAAUUAUGCCCAACAUACGGUGCAGCACUGAUAGUACCAAAAUGCAUUACGGAUGAACAAAUUGUACAGUCCGCCACGUUCAGAGAUGGCGGUCGAUUUCCAGUUCUUUGCUAUAGGCAUGAGAAUGGAGCUGCUUUGUUACGCAGCGCUCAACCUAUAUCCACGCAGAGUAUGAAAAGAUGCCGAGCCGACGAGGCAAUAUUGAAUGUGGUAUUAGGUCGUAGUAAGAAGGGCUUUAUAGUUGAUACAUGGGGAAAGGGGAAAUCAAAUACAGAAACAGAUCAACACUACUCGCAAUGGAAAAAAGUCAAUCGUUCUAUAGGCAAUAUAUCUUCGCCUGCAGCGAUUUUAGAUUGUUUUGCCAAAAUGAUUGAAGCAUGUAAUGAUACCGCUUGCACGUCCGACAAAUGGCUCUCGCGUUUGGAUGGCAGUCAAUGGUUAAGUUUGGUUUUAAAUUCUUUAAAUGCUGCCUGCGUGGUGGCCCAAUGUUUAGACCAAGAGGGCAGCCCAGUGCUGGUGCACGGAGCAAUGGGUUUAGAUUCAACUUUAAUUGUGACAUCAUUAGUACAAAUCAUACUAAAUCCAGAUUGUCGUACAGUAAGAGGGAUUCAGGCCCUUGUAGAACGUGAAUGGAUUCAAGCUGGUCAUCCAUUCGCUUCACGGCAUCAAUAUUCGUGUUACACACUGCCUCAAAAUCGACCGAAAAAUUGUGGUGCUACAUUUCUCUUAUUCCUAGACUGUAUUCAUCAGCUAUAUAAACAAUUUCCCUGCAGUUUUGAAUUUAAUAUACAACUAUUGAUUUUACUCUUCGAGCAUAGUUACUUCUCGCAAUAUGGUACAUUUUUAUGUGAUUCGGAGCGUGAGCGACACGAAUUGCGCGUUCAUACUCGAACUACCAGUUUAUGGUCAUAUCUAAAUAGACCCGAUGUACUUAAAAAUUUACUCAAUCCAUUAUAUGAACCGAAUCCGAAUGUUAUAUGGCCAUCAGUUGCUCCAAUCAGUUUGGAAUUGUGGCAGGAACUCUAUCUGCGUUGGACUGUCGAUCAAAUAAACAGUGAAAGAAAUCUUGCACAAAUAUUACACUUGGUAACAACAGAGAAGGAGCUACGCUCGAAGGCUCUCAAAUUGCGAAAACAAGCUUCGGACUUGAGAUGUGAAAUUUUAAAAUUACUUAAAUCAGGAAAUUGAGAUCUCUUCCUAUUGUAUACAGUCAGUCUCUCUCUCUCUCUCUCACACUCUCUCGCUGUCUCUGUCUUUCCCUCUCUCUUUUUCCUUUUUAAUCUCAAA